CUGCUGAUUCAAAACAAUUCUUUCACUCUCUGCCUUCUCUUAGGUCAAAACUGGAGCUAAAGUAGCAGUACUUCAUAGUUCACGUACGUAGUUGAAAACAAGAGGAAGUUUGUAUGGGAAGUGGUCUCGAAUCAAGUUGUGACAGUGACAUGUGACAUAUUUGACACAGGACACUUGAUCUUCUGUCACUACAUAAACUGAAAGAGUUAUUAGCAGAGUAUUGAUCACCAGCCACUUUCUCCUCAAGCAAACACACCAAAGCUUUGGAUCUCUGGUCAACCUGAGGAAUCUGGGACCCUUCUUCCCUCAAGAUCAAGUCUGGGCCAGUCUAGAUGUGCGAAGUCGACCUAAAAGAAGUGAAAGUGGAGGAGAAUGCUUUCCUUGCACAGCCAGCGCCGGGGGCUGACUCGCACAGCAUCACCUGUCAGGACAUCUCGAAGCACACAGACCAUCGGAAACUGGCCAUUUGCAGCAUCAUAUGUGGCAUCUCCUGCUUCGGAAUAAUGUCCCUCAUGUACUCAGUCAAGGCUCGAGAGACAAGAAAAAGACUUAAAAAUGAAGACAGUCCGGAAACACGAGAGAUGUUUAAGAAAUACUCAGAAAAGGCGUGUAAAUGGGGAAUCGGCUCCAUUGUAGCCUGGGUGGUUUUAAUUCUCAUCUUUCCAUUGCUUCUGGGAUUUCUGUCCUAUGUUGUAACCUUCAUAGAUUGACAGUGAAGAAGCUUUUCUACAGUUCAGUGAGCAACUAAAGCAAAUUAAUUGUAGGAGUGCAGAAACAGACUCUUUUAGCGCCCGCAUUGGACACUGCAUCCAGACCAUCCAAGAAGUAACUUAUUGACAAUAGGUUGGACAUUAAUGGUCAUAUUUUAAAUUGUUUUAAAAUUUGCUUGUCCUCAGUUUGGAUCAAAGGUCAACAACCUGCUACCUAUAACAUAAGAGGAUUCAUCAGUUUGCACAAAGGACAAAACAUAAUUUGGAUGCCUUUUGGUAGUAGCAAAACAUACUGGAUUAUAGUAGUAACAUACUGUACUUAAAUCACUGCA